AAAGAUUAUCCAUAUAGCUAAUUUGGACAAUUUGAAGAGUUUCUUUGGAAUUUCGACCGUUUUCUUCAAAAUGAAUACUGAAAAGGUUUAUGAAGCUGUUUCAAGACUUUCGAGAGACUAUUAGAACGCGAAAAGAUUAUCCAUAUAGCUAAUUUGGACAAUUUGAAGAGUUUCUUUGGAAUUUCGACCGUUUUCUUCUGUUUUCAAGACUACUCUGCCUUCAAAAUGAAUACUGAAAAGAGUUUCUUUGGAAUUUCGACCGUUUUCUUCUGUUUUCAAGACUACUCUGCCUUCAAAAUGAAUACUGAAAAGGUUUAUGAAGCUGUUUCAAGACUUUCGAGAGACUAUUGGAACGCGAAAAGAUUAUCCAUAUAG